AUGCGGUAUUCGUACAACACCGUGCUCGCAGCGGCGCUGGCUGCCGUCUCUCCGCUGGUCGAGGGCCAUGGCUUUCCUCAGAGUGCCCGAGGCGACCUAACGCCCGACGAGAUGCCGCCGCUCAACUAUAUCCGCACCGCCGCGACCGAAGGCCCUGUCGCCCGGACGGAAAUCGGUUCGCCCGUCCAAAAGGCAAACCUUAAGAGCGUGGGUCUGGGCGUCACCACCGCCUACGGCCGGACGCAGAUGGAGAGCGGGUUCGCGAGGGCCAUGACCUACGCGGGCGCCAGCGUGCCCAAGGUGCGGACCAACGGGGAGGGCUGGAUCGGCGGCGAGUGGCAUGUCGUCACUUCGGAUGGCGGCGGCCCAGUCAGGGCCAUUGUCGACACCACCGCGAAGGGCGAUUUCAGGCAAGGCAUCGAGCUUGAGAACCUCGUGCAGGUUCCCGGCCAGCGGGGCGAGAUUCGAAAGCAGGCCGAUGGCGCCGGCGGCAACGGUGGUGGUGGGAAUGCCGGCCGGAACAACAUCGUCUCGAAGCUUUUUGCCCGCUUUGCCCUCCAAAAGCGCGCCGACAACAUCAACCAGAACUUUGAAUACAAGUUCAGGGUCCCCCGCGGACUGAGCUGCACCGGGACAGUGGGCAACGCGACAAACGUCUGCGUCAUGAAUGUUGUCAAUACCAGCCCUGCCGGGCCCUUUGGCAACGCUGUCGUCUUCCAAUCGGGGACCGAAGGGCAGAACUCCACCAGCGGGACGGCUCCCGGCGACAACAACAACGGCGGCAGCACCGACGACAACUCGCUGACCGGCCCCGCCAAGGACACCAAGGGACCUGCCUCUCCCGCUCCCGGCGCCGACAACGGCUCCCCCAACGGCGGCAACAAGAGCGGCGGCACCGAUGACAACACCAUCGACGGCGGCGGCAACAACAACAAGAACGGCAACGACAAGUUGCGUGUCCGGGCCGCUCGUCGCGCUCUACCCGUCGUCGCCGCCUCUGGUCACCACAGCGAGGGCAAGGGCCACAGCAAGGACAAGGUCCGCCGGUUCUUCACGGCCUAG